ACCUUGAUCAUAAUAGAUUCCUCAUAUUACAAGGUGAAGUAGAGCAGAUUGCUCUCAUGAAGCCUAAAGCUCUCACUGAACACGAUGAGGGUAUGCUAGAGUUUCUGGAGGAUAUCAUUGGCACCAGUCAGUAUAAGGAACCCAUUGCUGAGCUGUGGGAUAAAGUUGAAAACCUUAACGAGAUUAGAGGACAAAAGUUAAAUCGUGCCAGAGCGGUAGAAAAGGAAAAAGAUUCUUUAGAAGGUGCCAAGAAUGAAGCUGAACACUAUCUCUCGCUUAAAAAAGAGGCAGCACUCAAACAGUAUACGUUAUAUGAGAGAUACAAAUACGACUGCUCUGAGCUUGAAGCCAAGGCUAAAGAGAAGGAGACUGAGCUCGCUGAUCGUAUCAAAGAAGUUGAUGAUUCUGGUAAGAAAUAUCGAGAGGGGAAGGAAGAGAAGCUUAAGGAACAGAAGAAGCUUUAUAAAGAAUAUGAUAGAUUAUGUAAAUCAAACGAUAAGUUAAAGUCGGAACUCACGGCCUGCGAGCAGAGGGACACUCGGCUCCGGCAGGAUCUAAAGAACGGGUCCUCUCAGUUGAAGAAGACGAAGAAGCUCCUGGAGAAGGAGAGAGAGAAGUUACAGGAUUUUGAAGCUACACCGGAAAGAAGCGAGAGAGAGAUAAAAGAAUCCGAGACUAAAUUGAAAAUACUCCAGAAAAGGAAGGAGGAGGAGGAGGAGAAAAUGUCAGCUGUGAUGGCAAGUCUGAAGGAUGACACAAAGCAUCUUCAAGAGGAGAAAGAGGAAUUGGAAAAGGAACUGGUUGUACUGAGUCAAAAGAGCAACCAGGAGAAAUCAAAAUUUGAUAUAGCUCAGUCAGAACUCGAAUUAUAUCAGGAAACGUUUGCUACACUAAAGAAUCAACUCUCAGAAGUCAAAGAGCAACUAAGCUCUAUGAAAACCACAAGCAAAGAUAAAGAAAAUGAGUUAAAGAGAUUAACUAAAGCUCUGCCUGGUCUCAAAUCAGAGUUGAUCCAAACUGAGAGAGAGUAUGAAUCAGUAUCAAACAAUAACGAGAGAACGAAUCAGUCGUUGAUCAGCGUCAGAUCACAAUUAGAGGAAGCAAAAUCAUCACUUGAAGCCCACAAGAACAGGGGUCGGGUUUUGGAGGCAUUGAUGGAGCAGAAAAUGAGUGGACGUAUUCCAGGGAUAGUGGGAAGACUGGGUGAUUUAGGUUCAAUUGAUGAUAAAUACGAUGUAGCCAUUAGCACGGCCUGUUCUUCUCUUGAUCACGUUGUCGUUGAGACGAUCGACACAGCAGUGACAUGCGUUGAGUUCUUAAAGAAGAACAAUAUUGGCUCUACUACGUUCAUCGGCCUCGACAAGAUGGACAAAUGGAGGCAAAGAGCAACCACACCAAUCGAAACUCCUGAGAAUGUCCCACGAUUGUUUGACCUGGUCAAAGUAAAAGAUGACAGAUAUUUAACGGCUUUUUAUUACGCACUUACCGACACACUUGUUGCAAAUGACCUUGAUCAAGCUACUAGGAUAGCAUUACAAGGAAGGAAGAGAUAUCGUGUUGUGACUUUGGGUGGACAAUUGAUUGAUUCAUCAGGGACAAUGUCUGGAGGUGGCAAUAAAGUCAUGAAGGGUAGGAUGUCUUCAAAACUGGCGAGUGAUGUCACCCCAUCCCAGCUGCAACAACUAGAGCAGAAACUGAACCAGGAAGAGAAGGAAUCAAUAGUUUUGAGUCAGAGGAAAGAAGUCCUGGGGACCAGGAUUAGAGAACUGAAAAAAGAAAUUACAAAAAUGGAGAAAGAUAUCAAGACUAUAGAGAGAGAGUUGGAGGUUUUGAAAGAGAAGGAGAAAGGUUUAAAUGUCCGACUGGUGGAACUGGAAGAGAAAAACUCGAACACUCACAUCGACCCAAAGAGAGAGAAGGAGCUCGAGAAACAGGCAGCAAAGUUUUGUAAAGAAUACGAAGCAGCUGCAGCUAAUACUAGUGAAGUUGAUCAAAAAGUGAAAAUUCUUCACGAAGAAAUAAUGAGAAUUGGCGAGUCACGGAUUAAAGGGCAGCAGGAUCAAAUUGAUCGUAUUGACAAAGAGCUUAAUUCAGCUAAUGCGACCAUUACAAAGAGCAGGGUAGCCAUUAAAACAGCCGAAAGGAAUACUAAGAAGUGCCGCGAUAAGGUGGGGUCCCUGGAGGGAGAGAUAGAAGAGAUUGAGAAGAGGAUAGAAGGAAUUAAAGAAGAAAUGUCAGACAUUGAGGAGAAGGCAAAGGAAGUAGUAGGAAAGCAGGAAGAGACUCAAGAGACAUUAAAGCAAUACGAGGAGUCGUUGGUGAAUAUGAAAGCUGAGAUUGAUGUGGAAGAAAAAGAGUUGCAGUCACUCAAUGAGCAGCUGGUGGAUUUGAAACAUGAGAUGAACCAGUACAGUGCUAAAGUGAAGGAGAACAGACAAAAAAUAAAACACUUUCAGCAAGAAAUAAAUGCUCUGUCAUUGGAAGAUAAAGAAUUACCAGAAUUGACUGAAGAAGAGCUGUCACUGCUGAACAAGAAAGAUGUCGAGUAUCAGAUUACAAUGCUAGAAGAGGAACUGAAGCAGAUGUCACCUAACAUGGCCGCCAUUGAAGAAUUUAAAAGAAAGGAAGCUUUGUACAGCGAGCGAUUACAGGAGCUAACUGACGUUACGAAAGAGAGAGACCAAGUGAGAGGAGAGUAUGAAGGAUUGAGGAGCAAGCGACUAGACGAAUUCAUGUCUGGAUUCACCAUUAUAUCAAUAAAACUGAAGGAAAUGUAUCAGAUGAUUACGCUAGGAGGUGAUGCUGAGUUAGAACUGGUUGAUAGUAUGGAUCCGUUCUCAGAGGGUAUCGUGUUGAGUGUCAGACCUCCUCGGAAGAGCUGGAAGAACAUCUCAAACCUUUCCGGAGGAGAGAAAACACUCAGUUCUCUAGCACUAGUUUUUGCUCUUCAUCAUUACAAGCCGAGUCCUUUAUAUGUUAUGGACGAGAUAGAUGCUGCUUUGGACUUCAAAAACGUAUCCAUAGUUGCCAAUUACAUUAAAGAGAGAACAAAGAAUGCCCAGUUUAUAAUUAUAAGUCUUCGUGAUAACAUGUUCGAGUUGGCCGAUCGCCUUGUUGGUAUUUAUAAAACUAACAAUUGCACUAAAACCGUUACUAUUAAUCCACACAAGAUUUUGGAGAAGCUUUGUGGGGGUGUGGCUACCCCACCCACUGGGUCUUCCUCCUCUUUGCAAGCUCCACUUGUCCAAUAAAUGACAGAAUAUUAUUAGUAAUUCUCAGUAAUUCUUAUUGAUUAUAAUAAAUUUAUUAUAGGAUAUACCAUGAUAUUAUAUUAUAGGAUUUUUAGUUUAGUGUCAAUUUUUAGUGUAUUAUCUAUGAUAGCAUAAUUAUUUAUUAGUAAUUCUCAUUUUCUCUUUGAUUAUAAUUAAAA